CUAACUCUUAAUAGUUUAACGCAACUCACUUUAUACAACACUCUUAUCUCUAAUGUCUCGUGGCCAAUCAGAUAAGACUGGAUAUAAAUUUCUAGGAGGUCGCCGUCCCAGGUCUAUUUGUUGCUCUUGUUGGACAAGAAAGCCGUGGUAUUUAAAGUUAGCAAUGGGAAUCUCUGGUGUUCUGGUGCUAGCAGUUGUGGGAGUUGUCAUAGGACUGGCAGUGUCGGGCCCUCUUCAUGCAUCUUGUAAAAUUGACUGGACAUUUGGUAUCUCCUGUAAUGAUGUGAAGACCAAGAUCAAAGGUCAAAUCAGUCAAUGGACAACAGCAGACAACUGUGCAAAUGGAGGAGAGAAAUGUCUGUACAAGUUUGUGAGUGAAUCAGGCAACACACUGAAGGCAAAACACGAGACUCCUGUAAAACACUAUGUUGAUGAUUUGACCUUCACCUUUUUGCCCUCAAGUUCCACAGCAAAAUGCAAUGUUCAGGGAUUUUCCACAUCCGAGACUUGGUAUGCUUUGUUAGACUAUGGCACUAACUACUGUAAUCUCCACAACUUAAUCACUGGAUCAGGCCUGGACAAAGUUAGUGGUUACUCAGAGAAGACAAGCGAUAGUGUGUGUACGCAAUACUCCUCAGCAAACUGUACCGUCUACUAGUCUACACAAAUUACCCACAUAAAAUGUGUACAUGGAGCUUCUAAUGGUCUUUCAUUUCAACGUUCCAAGACUGAAGUUACUUCCUAUUGAUUGUUAAGAACAACAAGCAUGUCACUGUUUUUUUUUUAAUUAUUUUUUUUUUCAAAAUUUAUUAGCUGCAUCCUGAAAAAAAGGUUCAUUCUUAUCUGUGUGUUCAAAGUUAAUACUACAUGUAUAUAUAAAAUGUAUUUCCCACAGUACUUUACUGUGCUGUGAUUUUGAGUUUGUAAAUGUGUAUUUUCAUGUAUUUUGUUAUUGAAUUGUUUUUAGUGAAUACAUGUUAUUCUCAUUUCUUAAAUUAUGUUUAUUGUUCUUUAUUAAACUGAAUUAUUUUCAUCUCAGAUUAUAUGAUGUACAGUACAUGUAUUUGCAUAUCACAGUUCAGGAAAACAUACUUAGUAUUUCAUGUAAACUUGACUGUGUCCAUAAUGAAAUUUUUCCAGCUGAAUGCAUAUGGGUAUCAUAUCAUACACUUAUUGAGUUAAAAUCUGAUAUAGUACAUAUGAAGCCUGUAUAUAACCCGUGUAGAAUAAAUUUGAAUAAAAUUAAUGAUAUAA